UGAUGAAGUAUUUAUUUUCUGUCACUUGAUAAUAGUCCCACCAAGAGCUUUAGUCGUAAUAUUAAAGUCGGUUGAAUUAGCCGAAACAUUAUUCCUGUCCCAAUUUCCCAAGGAACACAUUGGAGUGAUGAGACAAGAACAUGCCCCAGCCUCCCUUAAAUAAAAACCAUGGCUGCCACAUUUAGUGAUCUAUGGAUUCUCAAGCCUAAAGUAUUCAUCGGCGACUUGGGGCCCAAUGCCAAUGAAGACGAGCUCAAAGAGCUCUUCGCCGAGUACGGACCCGUCCAAGACCUAUGGCUGGCCAAAGAGGGCAAUGGAUUCGCUCUGGUCGAAUUCCAAGUGGACAAGGAUGGUCUCAGGGCCACUCAUGGCUUGAAAAAAACAAUCAGCGAGGAACACCCACUUGUUGCCAGAUCAAAAAAUGGAACUCUUCGACGGGCAGGGUCGACCAAUCGGGGUUCUUCACCUUCAGUCAGGCCCUCGAGACCUAGACAUCCCUCAACUUCAAGAGAUCUGCCCACCUCGAAACUUCCAGACACGAUCAGUGCCUUUGAAGCCGUGAGGAGAAUGGAGCAACGAUGUCUGUCAGGAACACCUUCUCAUCGAGAUCAUCGAGAUUUAAGAGGACGCAGUCAAGAUCAAGUUAGUACCCCAAGGGAGCGAAAACCCGCCAGUCCCAUCCCAACCUCUGCGCCAACCAGACGUCAAGAAAGAACCCCAAUUUAUGAAAGGCGUCGUUCUCAUCCUUCGGAUGAUCGGAGAUAUAUUCGGAGUGAUCUUGGCCCGAGUUCAAGUCCAAAGUUUUCUUAUCGGAUCCCAUCGCCACCGCCCGUUAAACGACGCUAUGUAACGGAUAUUCCGCCUGAACGACCGUAUCAAAUUUGGCCUCGCCGUUCUGAGACAAGGUCGUCACCAGGUUCUAGUUUUCAUGACCGACGAAGUUCGUUCGAUUAUUAUGAAGAACCCAAUCAAAGUCGCCGAAAACCGGCCUCGCCCUCCCCUUAUCAGGAUCCGUGGUAGUCCCUGUGGAUAUUUUUGUUAUUGUGUGUUAAUUUUAAUGCAAUAGUUAUAUCAUGUCCCAAGAAACUGUUUUUCAGAUCACGCUUGUUCAGAAUAUUCGAUCUUGAGCCCCUAGUUCGAUCUAGAAUUAAUUUGAUAGAAUGUAUCAUACGAUCUUGUGCAGUGCUUUGAUAUCAGAAACCAGUGUUGGCAAGCUUUGUAUAAAUAGAAUCAUUUGCAUUGUUUUAUUCCCUGGG